UUAGGAAUUUGCGUCUCGUGGUGACCUUCUCUUUCUCUCUCUAUCUCUCUUAUUUAUUACCUCGGCUGCUGAAGAGAGCUUUUCUGACCGGGCACUCAUGUUUUCCAAUUGUUUCUGGAGAGCUUCAAUAGCAUUGGCAUGGUGCUCUUCGAGUCUUUGGAUACUCGCUGCAUGCUUCUCGGUCAAAGCUUGCAUUUGCUCCUUGUGUUCGGCGGUCAACUUGCUCCAUGCAGCUUCAAUGUCUCGUUCUGCAUUUGCCUCGGCUUCCUCACGAAGCUUUUGAUACUCGGCUUCACGUCUUGCCCCAGCAGUCGUCAUCUGUUCCUUGUGGCUCUGUUCCAAAGCUUCCUUUUCUUUGCCAGCCAAUUCACAAAAGUCGUCAUGUUGCUUGGUUACGCUUGCCAGAUCAGAUUCGAGCCGUUUCUUGGCAACCGUAUGCUCCGCAAUCAAGCUUUCAAUCUGAUAUUCAUAGUUCUUUGCAAGAUCGGCCUACAGACACAGUGUGUAUCAAACAACAACAACAACAAAUACCUCAAGUUCAGCCCGCGCAUUCUCAGCAUCCGUUUUAGCUUUCACUUCAGCCUUUUGCAACGCUUUAGCAUGUUCAUCCUGCAACUGAGUAAGUGCGGCUGCAUGUUCGUGUCUGAGUGCUUCCAGUUGAGCUUCAAAUUCAGCUGUCGCUUGUGCCUAACAUUCAAGGCGAAGAGUCAGAAGGAGUUGAACAAGAGUUAUCAUGAAAAAACAACGCACCUUUGCCUGGGUAGUCACCUCGUGGACAGUACCAUUGGUUUCCUUUGACUUGACUUCCAGAUCCGCAACAACUGCUGCGUGAGCCUCC